AUGGAGUAUCUGGAGGGGCCGGCGGCGCCCAGCCCGGGCAACAUCCUGUGCUGCCAGUGCGGCRUGGCCAUCCCGCCCAACGCGGCCAACAUGUGCGUGGGCUGCCUGCGCUGCCAGGUGGACAUCACGGAGGGCAUCCCCAAGCAGGUCACCGUGCACUUCUGCAAGCAGUGCGAGAGGUAUCUUCAGCCUCCGGGAACCUGGAUUCAGUGUACCUUAGAAUCCAGAGAGCUUCUUGCRUUGUGCCUGAAAAAAAUCAAAGCUUCACUUAGCAGGGUCCGGCUCAUUGAUGCAGGAUUUAUUUGGACUGAACCACAUUCUAAGAGACUUAAACUAAAACUGACUGUACAGAAAGAGGUGAUAAAUGGAGCAGUUCUUCAGCAAAUAUUUGUGGUGGAGUACAUGGUUCAGUCUCAAAUGUGUGAAGACUGUCACAGAAUUGAAGCUAAGGAUUUCUGGAAAGCUGUAGUUCAARUCAGACAAAAGACUUUGCACAAAAAGACUUUCUACUACUUGGAGCAGCUGAUUUUAAAACACAGGCUUCAUCAAAAUACGCUUCGCAUCAAAGAAAUCCAUGAUGGCUUGGAUUUUUACUAUUCUUCAAAGCAACAUGCCCAGAAGAUGGUAGACUUUCUUCAGUGUACAGUUCCUGCAAGAGCAAAAUCAUCUCAACGCUUGAUCUCACAUGAUAUCCAUAGUAAUGUCUACAAUUACAAAAGCACUUUCUCUGUGGAAAUUGUUCCCAUAUGCAAGGACAAUGUUGUUUGUCUGUCACCAAAACUGGCACAGAGCCUUGGAAACAUGAGUCAGAUCUGUGUGUGCAUUAGGGUAACGAGUACCAUCCACCUCAUUGAUCCCAGCACUCUGCAGAUCGCUGAAAUUGAUGGCAACACUUACUGGCGCCACCCUUUCAAUAGUUUGUUCCACCCGAAGCAGCUGGAGGAGUUUAUUGUUAUGGAUAUCACCAGAGUUCAAGAGAAGAGAAAAGGUGCAGGUGCAGGGGCAAGAUCAAACAAACACACACUGGCAGAAGCCUGGGUACAGAAGACUUCCGAGUUGAAUACGGAUCAUCAGUAUUUCUGCAAUACUCACUUGGGACACAUUUUAAAUCCUGGGGACCUUGUCUUGGGAUUCGACUUGGCCAAUUGUAACUUAAAUGAUGAGUUUGCAAAUAAGAUGAACCCACACCAUAUUCCUGAUGUGGUAUUGAUAAAGAAGAGCUACGACCGGUCCAAACGCCAGCGUCGCAGAAACUGGAAACUAAAAGAGCUUGAGAGGGACAGAGAGGGCAUGGAUACAGAUGACGAAAGACAAUACCAAGACUUCCUUGAAGAUCUUGAAGAAGAUGAAGCUAUAAGGAAGAAUGUCAACAUUUACAGARAUGCAGAUGUUCCGGUGGAGAGCGACACGGAUGACGAUGGGCCGCCACGAAUCAGUCUGGCUGAAAUGCUGGAGGAUCUCCAUAUAUCCCAGGACGCCACUGGUGGGGAGGGAGCAAGUAUGAUGACAGAAUAAGAACAACCACACGGUACAUACAGUAAAUGUCCGUUUGGGGAGGAAGAAAUACUCAAAAUGCCCAAUACAUAAUAAUUACAGUUUGUAAUGUUUAGUUAGAAGCUGAACUUGGAAAAUAAUGUGAUGGAUACCAUUAUAUCACUAAAUCAUGUUGCUGAAUGAUUAUAUAUAAUUUUCCAGAGGAAGCCGUUGAAGUUAAAUCCCUGGAGCAGGCAUUGUCGUGCAAGUUCCAUGGGUUCCUCACAUUCCCCUGGCAGCUUCUUCCCUUUAACUUCUGCAGUUGUAGGUGGUGUUAUCUUACCUACUCUUUAUUACUUUGUUUCUUAUCUGUAAGGCAGAUUUUUCCUGUCUUAAUCUUUUUUUCUUUUUUUAGCACAGUGGUUUCAAGUAUUACAUGAAGAUGCUGGAUUAUUCCCCAUUAUAAUAUUUGGGGGAACUUCAAGCAUGCAUCUUCUGUUCCUUUGGUAACGUAACUCCAAAUCUACAUGUUCUGUACACACACAAAAAAAAAAAUUCCUGUAAGUUGAUUGAAGGUGCAGCAUCCUAAGUCAGAAAGAUGGYGACUUCUGUUGACUGUAAUGAAUAUUGUGGUGUGCAUAAUCUCUAAUAUAACAGAUAUGAACUAUUAAAAACUAUAAAACUUUUUU